GGAACAGCAGCGCUCUCACACGCAACAUCGGAAAGUUGUAAUAUCACCCCAUUCAAACCGGCGGCCCAGAAGUCGGUGAUUAUCAUGGAAUGCUUCCACGGAGAACAGAGAUGGCAAACCCACACCUUCAAUGCCAUGAGGUCAUAUGACUGAUCGGGUAGACACGCCGGUAUCGUUUUCUUCGUGUUUUGCGGCCCACAGAGGCUGUGAUGUCAUCCCAGUUGACGCGAACGCGAGCCUGCAUGGGUCGCAUCGCGUGGCUCGGGCCCGAGGGCUCCACUGCUAUGACCUCACGAUCAGCCUCUGCGCGCCCGCGUGGGAGAUUCCCGCAUUUCCACGGAGAAGACCUGCCUUGCGGGGCUCCACACCCCAUCAUCGAAGCACUCGCUUCCCGGACACACCCUCUGCGAGCCGCGACAACAUAUCGGACCGUCUUGCGGACCGUGCGGUCAGCUGAGCAGCCCCACAGGAUAAAAUGUGCCAUCCUCCAUGCUUCGCAAGUUCUUCGUGUCAACCGUCCCUCGACUUUGUUCGACAACUCUCCCAUGGCGGAUGCGCACGCAACUGUAACUCCCCGAGCGGUCCUGCUCGCCGUCUUCAUUGCCUUUGAUACAUUACCUAUUCUGCCAGGCUUCUUGUUCGGCUACGACAUUGGUGUCAUCUCAGGAUGCCUCAUCAUGCCAGAUUUCAUCAAUCGCUUUGGAGAAGUGGGAGCUGACGGGACCAUGUUCCUUUCGAGUUCACGGCAGUCCAUCAUCACCUCACUCUUGUCUGCCGGCACAUUCGUCGGCGCGCUCGGACAGGCCUUUACCAGCGACUCAAUGGGUCGACGGGGCUCCAUCCUCAUCUGGUCGGGCAUCUUCACUGUUGGCGUCGCAAUCCAGACAGGAACCACGUUCUCGCUCGCGCAGCUCACGGUCGGACGAUUCAUCGCUGGACUGGGUGUGGGAGCUCUCUCAGCUAUCGUGCCGCUCUACAACGGAGAGACGUCGCCCAAGGCGUACCGCGGAACUCUGUUUUUGAGCUACGUGAUCGACCUCGGAACACACACCAUCCACAACUCCGCCUCCUGGAGGAUUCCCGUCGGUCUGCAGAUGGUGUGGGGCCUUGCGCUUCUCUCGGGCAUCUUCUUCCUGCCCGAAUCUCCCCGUCAUCUGCUGGGCAACGGCAAGGUCGAGGAAGCGCGCGCCGUCAUCGCUGACCUGAACGGCGUCGCUCUGGACGAUCCGGUCGUCAUUGACACCGUGGACGAGCUGCAGUACGCCAUCGGGCUCGAGAACGAGGGCGGGAAGGCCACCUGGGCGGAAUGCUUCUCCAGCCGGAACGCGAUGUGGAAGCGGACGAUCAACGGGAUGAUGCUGCAGUUCAUCCAGCAACUGAACGGGCAGAACUUCUUCUACUAUUACGGAGACACGUUCUUCGCCAGUGCGGGCACCUCGCUGUCGCCGUAUAUCAUUCAAGUCAUCGUCGGUGGUGUUUCGGUGAUUGGGACGGUCCCUGCGUUGUACUUGAUUGAGGCCUGGGGCAGACGUCGUUCUUUACUGACUGGUGCCGUCCUCGAAGCAACUUGUGCGUUGAUCGGCGGAUUGGUCGGCCACUACACCGUCGCACCUGCCGGCACCCCGAAAGAACUGCUGACGGCGCGGAACAAGGCAGGCGGCGACUCGCUUAUCGCGUUCGCCGUCCUGCACGUUAUGUUCUUCUCGAUCUUCUGGGGCCCGACGCCCUGGGUGUAUCUCGGCGAGUCGUUCCCGCUCCGCGUGCGGUCCAAGUCGAUCGCGCUAGGGAGCGCGACGAACUGGCUGUGGAACUUCCUGCUCGGCUUCUUCGCCCCGCGCAUCGCGAACAAGAUCGGCGCCCUCAUUUGGCUCAUCUUCUUCGGCGCCCUGUUCUUCGGUUGGUUCUACGUGUAUUUCUGCAUCCCCGAGACCAAGGGACUGAGUUUGGAAGAGGUCGACGAGCUGUACCGGUCUGGCGUGAAGCCGUGGCACUCGGCAGGCUGGAGACCGCAUCUGCAUGACCAGCACGAAUCCGAAAAGGCGGACGAUGUGCGACGACGGCAUGAGUCCGUCCACCUGCGAUGUCUUGGUGUGCACGUCUCGCCACCCGUCGUCCUCUCUCUCCCAACCACCAUGGUGUUCUGCGGCGAAUGUGGGACUCAAGGCGACGGCCGCUUCUGCACCGAAUGCGGUGCGAGACUCGCCGAGGCACCGAUGACGGCUGCCGCCCCCGGUGUGAAAUCACCAUCAAUCUCUGGAGGGACUAGCGCGGGAGGAACAGGAUCGAGUAUCCGGUCCUCCUCAAUAAGUGUGGCUGCCGCGGCGAGCGAGGGGGGGACGAGCGUCGGGCGUGCUAUCUUGGGUGGAACAAAUGUUGCGGGUGGAACCAGCGCCGGAGGGACGAGCUCGACAACGACGAUAGGCGGUGUAUCCGCAAGCGCCACUCUCAUCGCGCAACCCGCGCCUGCCGCUGCACCAGCGCCCGCCCCGCAGCAGCAGCAAUCGACGGCGCUCUUCGGCGCGCAGGGAUACCGGCUCGAGGCAUUCCACAUCAUAUCGCGGGAAAUCUUCAUGGGCCUCGAUCGGAGCGGGUAUCCGAGCGGGACGCAGCUCAUCGAGCCCAGCAAGGUCAGCCUCUUCAGGAGGCUCGCCGGGAAAUCGAUCCCGCCGUACUUCGAGACCCAUGUCCUCCCCUACUACUACCUAACCAUCGGCGCGCCAUGCGCGGGCUCGAACGUCCUGACGUGGGAGGGCUGGAACACGUACCUCGCGCACAAGAUCCUGGCGGGCCCCGACGAGAUGUACGCGCACGUCGGCGCCGUCCUGCGCGGCCUGAACAUCCAGCUCCCGUGGCAGAUGCAGCGCUCCGACUUCCCGCCGUACGCGUACCCCGACGCCGCGGCGCGCGAGCUGCAGUUCCAGCAGGGCGUGCGCGAUAUGGCGGGCGCGGCGUUGGGCGGCGGGGCCCGGUACGGCGGACUGCGUGCCGGCAACGCGGGUACCCACGCGAAUGCAGCUCUCAUGAGGGGAGCGGCCAAGGCCGGAUUUGGUCUAUUAGGAAGUGGAUUCCUAUUCAAUUGAGCCUGCGCGCUAUUUCUUUCCUCCUAUUGUUGUACCAAUAUUAUUCGCGAGAACAUCUCUUCGUCUCCACUGAAA